GGAGAAAGAGGUGAACAGAUACAGCCCUCCACCAGUCACACAGGUAAUGAAGGGAAGAGAAUGUUUGACUAUCAAACUCAAUCAAUCGAACAACACUCAACACCUACUAAACGACAUUGUGGCUCUGCAAUACAUUCAGAAGUGAAGAUAAUGGCUGAGGUAAAGGGAAUUAUGAAUCAUAUUCAUUCCAAACUUCAUGGGCAAACAGACACAGUCAAUAUUUUUCUGAGGGAUAAAAUCAGGGAUUUGGAGAAAGGGAAAAAGGAGCUGGUUGGUGUCUUUGGUAAAACAGGGGCCGGGAAGAGCUCUCUGAUAAAUGCCAUCAUUGGAGAGAAGGCUCUCCUGCCCUCUGGAAGUGUCAGUGCAUGUACCUCGGUCAUGAUCAAGGUGGAGGCUAAUAUGGAGAACCCCAAUUACAUAGCGGAGAUUGAAUUCAUUACAAAAGAGGAAUGGGAAGAUGAGCUAUGGUCCUCAAAAAAAAUAUUCAGGGAAGGAAAUGAAUGUAGCGAUAAUGAUGAUAAUGAUAAUGGUGAUGCUGACGCUGAUGAUGAUGAUGAUGAAUAUGAAGAAUACAGUGAUCAUACAGAAAAGAUCAUAACACUAUAUGGAAAAGACAGUUGGAAAUCACCCAAAGAACUCAUGGACAGCAAGUAUUUCAGAGAAAUCCCAGAAUUUCUCCAGUCUAAAAAGAAGAUACUGAAAUGUGAAUCUGCCUUGAAGUUAUCUAAAAAACUUGCCAUGUAUACAAGAAACGACAAGAGGUUAGAAACACUGUACUGGCCGCUGGUGAAGUGUGUGACCAUCAAGGUGCCAAAGGUCAAUGAUCUUCUUGAGCACAUCACACUUGUGGAUCUUCCUGGAAAUGGAGACUGUAACAACAGCAGAGAUGAAAUGUGGAAGGAGUGUGUUGGAAGUUGUUCAACUGUGUGGAUUGUGAGUGAAACUAAUCGAGCAGCAUCAGAGAGAGAAGCCUGGGAGAUCUUGGAAAACACCAUCAGCCUCAUGGGAAAUGGUGGAGAGUGUCAACGCCUCAUGUUCAUCUGCACCAAAUCUGAUGACAUUGAAGAUGACACUGAAGAUUCAGUAAUGAUUAGUUAUGAUUCAGAUGAUGAUGAUUCAGAAGAGGAGAAGCGUGCUCGCAUUCUUAAAAGAAACAAGGAAGCCAAGCUCCAAGUGACAAAAAAGUUCAGCAGACAACCCAAGAUUAAGAAACAUUUCAGUUGCGACAGCAACUUUUUCAAAGUAUUCACAGUGAGCUCCAAAGAAUUCCAGAGGGGAAAAUGUCUGCAAAAAUCAGACACUGAAAUACCCCAGCUUCAGGAAUUUCUGCGAAAUCUCAACGGCCGCCAGUCAAAGACAUUAAAUUAUGUCUCCGGAGCUUACGGGAUUCUGUGUCUGAUUCAGGGAGCCAAUUGCAGAGAAACGGGUUCCCAAAAACCAGAGGUGUGCACAAUCCUGGAAGAAAGACUGGAGCAAGCGGUAGAUAAAGUCAGAUGCUCCAUGGAAGAGGCUUAUGAGGCUUUUGGAAACUGCCUGAGGGAAGGAGUUGAAAAAGCACAAAAAUCAUAUGAAAAUGACUUGAAGUUCAUCUUAGUCUCUAGAAGGAAAAAAAAUAGCAGUUUUCAUAGGACACUGAGGAGUAUUGUUGAAAAAGAUGGAAUUCACAAAACAACAAAAAAACAUGAAAUAAACAUCAAUGAGAAAUUGGCCUCACGCAUGAGAGAUCACAUUGACGAGACGUUCAAGAAGACCUUUCCGAAUGAAGGAAGACGUGGGCCAUUCAAAGGGGCCAUCAGUGACUUUACUCUUGACACAGAGGCUCUGGGAAGCAAAUACCAAGACGUCUUACUGCAGCUGACAUUUCUCAAGACAGAGGAAGCAAAACUGAAGACAAAACUCAAAGAUAUCAUCCGAGAUGAAAAGAAAAGAAUCUACCACAGUCUGGUGAAGUCAAUCAAGGCCUCCAUGAAGCCAUGCUAUAAAAAAGCAGCAGAAAUCCAUGGAAAGGACUCACUGAAAAACAUGAGGGACACAAUUAAGAACCACCUGCAUGAGUCCAAGGACAUCAUGUUCGACCAGGCCAAAGAUGACAUGCUCACUCGACUGAGAAACUUGAUGGAUCAAAUCCUGGAGACCCUGAAUCAAGAUAUGGUGAAAUCGAUUGAGGUGUCACUCAAGACUGAUGAUCGCUCAAUCCCAGUUGUCACUCAGGAAUAUAAGAAGGUGAAGACUCACUAUGAAAAUCUGAUGAGAAGCUCCAACACAAGCACCAAUGACACGGUCUGCUGAGAGGAGAGAGGCAGCAGAAGUCGGGGUUGCCGGUUGGAGAACCCUGUAGCCAGCCGAUAGAGCCCAACAGACCUCUGGACUUGGGCCGACUCCUUUCUGGCCAUGCAUACUGCACCUGAUUAGUCUGGGUGUUGGUUUCAUUGUUGAUUUGUGUUUGCAUUUUAUGUUAAUAGUUUCAAUAUCACACUGCAGAUGAGAUCUGCAGAGCGUUCUUUAAAGGGCAGGGGCUCAAAUGACAAAGGGGGCAUGUGUUGAAAGUCUAGAUAAAAUCCAGUACGUGUGUUGGAAUUUACAUUUUACAGUUUUCUUUACUAUGCUAUGGUAAAUAUUAAAGUUUAGGAGUCGUCUUGAGCCCCGUCUUCUUAAAUAAAUGUUAAGUUGUAGCCGAUAUGCAGCUACCAAUACUGUGAAAACGUCAACUCAACAUACAUUAUUCUAUUUCACAGAGAUGAAGAGGACUGAUAAUCUGCAAAAACUAAGAUUUUUCAAUGAUUUAGUAGCACUUAUAGUUUUUUACUCAUAUUACUAUCAUUUGUGUAUUUUUUGUUUUGUUUUUCAUACUUUGUAUAAAAAAAAAAACUUUGACUCUCUGAAAAGUCUGACACCAUCGGCAUGCAAAGGAGGUCGCUGCAAGUGUCCUUAUCAGCCAUUACUAUAUUUUAACAGAGUUAUUACAGCUGUUUAAGAAGCUGCCUUCAGGUUCAGUUUUAAUUUGGCAGUCUUUAUAUGAAUGCCAGCUCUUGUAUUCUGUUUGUAUUUCUAUUCUGUUUUGGCAGUGGCAGACCGGCUUCUUGUUUGGUAAGGGU